AAGAAGAGGAACGAAGACGCCACUGUACCAAAGGAGGCGUGGAAAGAACCUCAACCAAUCAAAGCAGGUUAGUACUGCUUUAUAAGUUCGUGUCGCAGCGAAAAACACCAUUAUUUUGUUUUUCCGAUUAAGGUGAAUUCGUAGGCAUGGCAAGAACCAAGCAGACUGCGCGUAAAUCUACCGGCGGCAAAGCGCCCAGGAAGCAGUUGGCUACCAAAGCGGCACGUAAAAGUGCUCCGGCCACAGGCGGCGUCAAGAAGCCUCAUCGCUACAGGCCCGGAACCGUGGCUCUGAGAGAGAUCCGGCGUUACCAGAAGUCCACCGAGCUGCUGAUCCGCAAGCUGCCCUUCCAGCGUCUGGUGAGGGAAAUCGCUCAGGAUUUCAAGACCGACCUGCGCUUCCAGAGUUCGGCUGUUAUGGCGCUGCAGGAGGCAAGCGAGGCCUAUCUGGUUGGUCUGUUUGAGGACACCAACCUGUGCGCCAUUCAUGCCAAGCGAGUCACCAUUAUGCCUAAAGAUAUUCAGCUGGCUCGUCGUAUCCGUGGCGAACGUGCAUAAAUUGGUUUUACGUCUAAACAAAACCGAAACAACGGCUCUUUUAAGAGCCACCUUCAAAAUAACGAAAAGCAAAACAUCCUGAACAUGUGUGUGUGUGUGUGGGGUAUUUUUUACAUAGGCUUUCUGGGAGUGCUUAGUCUAAAAUCCAAUAAUCUGAACGUUAGGUCUGGAAAUGUGCGGUUUUGAUGGAUCUUAAUUGGAUUUUUAAGUCGAUGCUACCAUGUGAUCUUGGGUGUCAGUUACCUGCUGCUUACCAAGGACUGGGGAAAAACUAAUUUUACAAGUUUAAAAUCACGCACCCACAAUAGACGAAGAUUUUAAAACCAGUUUUUCAUUUCACACUUUCGUCAUCCCAUGAUACGUGAUAUUAUUUUAUUUGCUGUAUCGUUUCUUGCGACGUAAAAAAACAGCAAACUCCUUUUAUUAGAGCGAGUGCCUCAAAGUACAAUGCCAUUAUGACUGUAUUCAAUGGUGUCAAUGUCUUAAUGUGCGGCAAUUAUUAAACAGUGCCAUAUGUAUGUACUCGAGAACCAUGUUAAAUGUUGGGUCCGCGGAUUAUUUCGCUGUUAUCCACGGUUUCGGUCUAUCUCAACCAGCUCAGCACGAUGGUUUUCGAAAGCAUCCUAGGUCAGAGCGAACAGCGCCCCCCCCAGCAUGCACCCAGGUUAUAGGCAUCUGUCUUCCAAACUCCGUUAAAAUGUUAUAAAUAAGGACAAAACAGCCUUAUGUGGGAAGAGCUCCGAUAACAGCAGAGGGCAGAUGUCUUAUAGAUACAAAUGAAGCUUACGCAAAAGCAGGAAGAGAUAUAGUUUAUAACUACACGUUUCAAGUCUAAUCAGGUUUUUUUUUUAAAUAAAAUAGUUUUUUUUUAAAAACUACUUAAUUGAUGUCAGCUUUAUGCUUAAUAUUUACUAUUUACUUCUGCCUGGUCAUACUUCUCAUUGAAAGUACUAUUCUAUUCUUGUGAUAAAAUAUGAUUUUUUGGUAUAAAUCAAUAAUAAUCAAGACAUAGGUGUAAUAUACGGAGCCCCUGAAAGGUUAGGGUGGGAAAAUACUGCAGUGGGAUCGUUUUGCGAUCCCACUGCACUUUGCCCACUUGCUAUUUGCUGCAACUUGAUGUCAAAUAUAACGAACUUAACUGCGGUACUGCAAGGAUAAACCUAAAUAAUGUUAUGUGUGCACCUCACGUUCAGUAGCUGUCUUGGUUACAGUUACUGGUGGCGAAUGGACACAGUGCAAUUAUCAAUAAAUAGGUAAGGAAACACAUAUAUGGAGGUUACAUGGUGUAAAUUGUCCCCCAUAGCUUAAUGCUUAAAGCACACUUCACUGGACAUGCCUGUAUUGCUUAGGUUUAUGCUAUUAAUCCUUUAAUUCUAUGUUUUGUACUUUAAACGGACACAGGUCAGGUUGGGGAGCAUGCACUGAUGCAGUGCGUUGUCACACCCACCACACGGCGAAACUCCUCGGGAUCCUGGCCAGCGACCCCCCAGGCAGAUGCACGGUCCAGUCCCACCCUCCGGAGAUGGCCAACCAUCUGCCCCGGCCAGGUGUUACGUGGGCCUGGUCUAGCUGCUCGGGUCCCCAGCAAUGAGGAUCCCGUGAGCCGGAUCACCCUCAGGGAAACGCGCCACAUGGCCGUAGCGCCGUAACUGACGCUCCCUGCCCAACACCCAGUCCAUACAACCAUUGAACAGAGUAGGAGCAAGAACACACCCCUGGUGAACCCCAGAAUCAACUGGGAAGAACUCGGGGGGGUUCUCCCUCCACUCUGCACAGCACUCCCAGUACCAGUGUACCAGCCUGCUGAUUGGAGCUGGUGUUGUGCUGCUGCGUCACCCAGGCAGCCCAUCUGGUAACAGAAAAGUAUUAUGAGGGAACGCAAAAGUAUUUUAAAAAUAUUUUCUCACCCUUACCUCUUAUGGGUUAAGUAGCAAUAUAUCAUUAAUCUUGAACAAAUAUAAAUGAGAAGAGGUUUCCAGAACUAUUGAUAUUUAUUACUUUGAGCUUUGAGUUUAAAUACAUGCCACCUACUGGAUAAACCUAGUCAUUAUCUUGCACAUGUGCAGUGGAAGCACAUGGUUUCUGCUAGACAUAAAAAUCUGGGCUGCGCCUGCACCUACCACAGCCGUCCACAGCCAAGCCCUGAUGACAAUAUUUACAUCACGUCCCCUUUACCGCAACUGAAAGCGCACGUGGAAAAGUGAAGCAUGAAUUGGCUAUGAGUUGGUGGUUACUGCCUUUAUGCUCCCCCACCCCUCAAUGUAGCCUCACAUGUCUCAGCUAAGCGAUAAGAGCGGCCCUUCGUGACUCAAGGAUAAGGGCAGGAACAGCUGGUGACAGCCAGAUGCUCCCAUUUGACAGCUCUUUCCGUUUGACCUUGAGAGAACAUGGCUAUGCCUUGGUAGACCUCGUCCUUCGUAGGAUGCACCCCCUGAAUUUGGACACAACUUGGGUCAUUUUUACGUUUGAACAUGACUUACUGUGGAGGCUUUUAACUGGCAUCCCUACACAGCAAUAAACUGAUUGGUUGAUCACAAGCACCGGCAUUCACUUGGAAGUAACGGUGAAGUGCAAGGAAAGAUAGAAAGUAGAAGAGCAAAAACUGAGGGGAUGUAAUUACUUUUGCACCUCCAGUACAUUUAAUGCAUCAUUUAAUACAUUAGUAAAUUAACCUUGAACCAAAUCCUCUGAUUGCUUUGUUUGGGUUGUUGGAGAGGAGGUGCAAUUAACUACGGGAAAAGGACACGCCUUCUCCGGUGCCUCCUUUCUGGCUUGGCAAGCCACCCUGCUGAGGUGGAGAGUUGUGGCCCCGCCCAUUCUCUUAAUUUGAAUUAGAAUUUUCUUUGUAUUCUAUAUUUUUCUUAUGCAUAAAGCACUUUGAAUGACUGCAGUGUAUGAAAGAUGCUAUAUAAUAUAAAUUAACUUGCCAUGCCUUGCCAUGCCUCACGCACAAUGGUUAGCGGACAUUAUGUCCGGCUUAAAACUCGAGCAAAUUAGACAUUUACUCCAACAUUCAAAUGGAAAAUUCAGGAAAUAUGGGCCCCCUUUUUGAAUACAUUCCAGAACCUGUAAUGGAUUGGCUAAUAAGCAUAUGCAGCUUAACUAUGUUACAGUGCAGGACUCUGAUGUGGCAGAUAGAUAUCUCCAUGCACAGAUUUCUGGCAGUGACAGGGGUGGGUAUUGUUUUGUUUAUUUGUGUUGCUUGUUGAUUUGUUUAUUCUACACUCAUACCUGUCUGUUAUCCCUUUUAUAAACUGAACAGCAUUUAUGCCAUGUGAAAACCUUAGAUAAUUUCACAUCGCAUCAUUUUGUGGGCUGACCACCACUUAUUUACUUAAUUUUUUUUAGAAUUAGGGGAUCAUUGUUUACAUACCUCAGCACACGAUGCACAACAAUGAAAUGUUUUCUCCGCAUUUAACCCAUAUGUGACAUAGCAGGGGUCAGUUAAUUCAGCACCCAGGGAGCAGGGCUUGGGGGCAGUACUUUGCUCAGGGUACCUUGCUGGUCGGGGAUUUGAACCAGCAAUCUUUCAAUUACAAGUGUGCUUCCCUAACCAUUAAGCCACCACUGCCCCUAAUAGCAGUAUGACCCAAAUGUUGCAGUUUCAACACUGGCUGAAAUCUUUACCAUAUGCAAAUAUUAAUUAUAAAUUUAUCUGACAUCAUCUACUCGAUCCUUGUUUUAAAUUAGAAAUAGUUUGCUCCAAGAAGUCAAAACAACCACAUUACAACUAAAAUGGCUGAACUUUCUGCAGACUUGCUGCUGUUGGCCUGUCAUGGGAUGUCGUCCACUAAUAAACUGUCAUGGUUGUGCGAUUCAGCCUUGGAUGGUGUGACAACUGGUGACAGCAGGUAUUAAAGGACCUGGCUAAGUAUCCCUAUGGAUACCUUGGAACAAAGAGUCUUGCACUGACUAUCACACUGACUAUAGUUCUGUUGUGUUAUUUGUAUUUUUGUGUUAUUGUUUUUUAUAUAUAUUUCUAUAGUUGUAUAUUCUGUAUAUUUUAGAUUACAGUUUCUCUAAUUUUAUGUGGCAGAGUUAAGCGUAAUGCUUAACUCUGCCACCGAAAAGCAUAUCCUGCCAGAAUAAGCAUUUCACUGUAUAUUGUACAAGUACGACUGCAUUUGACAAGUAAAACACUUUGAAGUUUUAACCUUCCAGAAGAGCAUGUUC